AUGAGUAUGCUAGAUGCAACCAGAGCAGAACUUGCUCUUGUGGUCUUGUAUCUGAACAAAACUGAGGCCAGGGAUAAGAUAUGCAGAGCCAUACAAUUUGCUUCAAAAUUCUUGAGCAAUGGAGAGCCUGGUACAGCUCAAAAUAUUGACAAAUCAACUGGCUUGGCACGUAAAGUUUUUCGUUUAAGAAACCAAUUUCUUUCUGAUGUUUUAUUGGGUUGGGCCAUCAUUUGCUUUAAUAGGUAUUAUGGGGUUUCUCUAUGCUGCUUUUGCUUUUCAGGCUGGAAUCUGAUAUUGAGCGUGUAUUUCUGCAGUCUUAUUUAUCUUGGCUAUCUUUUAAUCAAACUUCUAUUGGACUUGCAGUUUGUGAAUGAUUUGCAUGUUUUAAUUAGUCCAACUCCCCAGGGAACUCUUCUUCCAAUUGUUUUACUUGGAAAGUCCAAGAAUGCAUUACUAUCUUUCUUGUUUCUCGAUCAAAUUGUCUGGUUUGGGAGAACAGGCAUCUAUAAGGACAAGGAGCAGCGGGCAGAGCGAAUCGGCAGGAUCGCUUUUUUCUGUUAUAUGGGUUCCUCAGUUUGUACCACCUUGGUUGAGCUUGCAGAACUUGGAAGGCUGUCUGCAUCAAUGAAGAAGUUGGAAAAGGAUCUUAAUAACACUGAUAAGUACCAGAUUGAAUAAUACUGUCUCAGGCUCAAGCAGUCAAAUGAUAGGUCAUUAAAUCUGAUAAAAGCAGAUAUGGAUAUAGUGGUUGCAGUUGGGAUACUUCAACUGGCACCUAAGAAAGUCACUCCUCAUGUAACGGGAGGCUUCGGAUUUGUCAGCGCACUCAUCUCUUGUUAUCAGUUGCUCCUGGCUGCACCGAAGUCGAAGGCAUCCUGAAGAAGGAAAUACAGUAUGGCUCAACAUUCAUUUGUACCAUGAAAAUAAUAUUCCAGGUUGAUAAGGACGUAUUUUUUGCUGGCAUACUCUUCUGUGCGGGUGGUUUCACCUACUAGACAUCUGUUUGUGAUUCAUUCCUCUGUUUCACAUGGUAAAUAAUAUUUGUUGCAGCGUUUGUUGAUUUGAUAGUCGUAAGAUGCACAAAUAUUAGAUGCAUGUGCCUAUAAAAAUAUGUUCACUGCAAUACUGUAUGUCUGUAUCCAAAAUAUGCAUGCAUAUUACAUCUCCCUUUCAAUGUAAUGCCUGCGUGGUGGGGAACUUAUGUAUUUGUGGGGAAAAUAUUGGGUCUUGGUAUGCAGACUAUUCUACAGGUCUAGGGUGCCAUACCA